AUGAGGCUUUUGGUUACGGCUCUUGCCGUAGCUUUUCAAUUUGUGAUCUUAUCUGCAUCGACUGCAAGCCUCCUCACUGAUAUCUGUCCUGGCGACCCCACCGUAAGCAACCAAUCAGCAGGCUGCCAGCAGUGGCGAACAAUCUAUCGGUAUGGCCUGUCGUCGUCACCUUUGUGCAUGAAUUCUCUCGUUCAGGUCACGGUCGAGACAUGCAGAGGCUUGGAUUCAGUGUCAGAUCCAGUCAGAUUUGAUGCGUCUUGCAUGUUGGAGCAGACAGGAUGCGGGGCAGGAGGUCAGGACACACGACUGGACGCCCGUACAUUCAAAGGCCAUGUCUGUGUUGCGCGCCAACAGGACAUCUCUGUUGCCGGUAUUGCGGGACCAACGGCAUUUCAUGCACAGAUCCGCCCGACUGCAACACAGGUACGAAACAAGCGCAUGUAGCAAGCGAGGAUUGAUGUAUUGGGGCGGGGAUCAGCUUGCAUCGAGCUUGGGGUCGAAUAUGACUUGCCCAUCCAACCGUCUCCUCCGCGCAAGCUCGGCACACCUGAAGGCACCGGGUUCACCACGAAUGACAACAAUGAGACGCACCUGGUCCUCCAGGUAAAGAUACUCGACAAGACAACCAGCACACGUCAAAGCAGCACUACAGGCAACGACUAGCCACAAUUCGACUGAACUGCGGAGGGCAUGAUUGUGUGCCAUUAAAGGGGCUUCAAUGGCUUUGUUCUUGUGUUGCUUUCAGUGUCAGAAACUGUGUGCUGAGGAUGAGGAGUGCACUCAUUUUAGCGUCAUGGAUAUUGGACAUAUAUGGCAUAAUGAAGAGGAAGAGGAAGAAGAAGGGAGCAUUUAUGAGCCGUCGUGCCAUUUAUUUGAGAUACCGCCGGGCAGUGCAAUCCUCAGGCUAGCGGAUCAGGAUUCUAUCAGCGGGCCGCAAGAUUGCUUUGGUAAGUGAUUUGCCAGCGCAACUAAUUGCCACUUGGGACUAUUUUGUUGCUGCAGCGAUAGAAUCGGUGGUAACGAGCCCCGGCUGUGUACCUGCUUGCAUGAAUGGAAGCAUCUCGGAUUAUGGUUACGUAAAUGUCUCGUCGACAACUCGCGACAGCAUGGCCCUGCCCGCAACGUCUGCCCGGGCGUGCUAUGCCUGGUGCCGUCAACGCAGCGAUUGCGACUAUACCAACUAUGACAUCGUUCACCAGUCGUGCUUCUUACUCAAGGAGACUGCAGACACCGGUCUGGUCAGAAUGGAUGGCUUUGAGGCCGGUUGUCUCAACGAGAACUGCCGAAGUGAGAGAAAGCAAGUGUCUUGACAAAGAACAGCGCCUACUAGCUUCGAGCUUACUGUUGUAGGAGGGGUGGAUCUGUAUAAGGAGGGAAAUCCGUCAACUUGGCCGCCACUGCUGAAUCUAUUCCACCAGAACACACACGAGAUUCCGGAAAGGUCCCAUCUUUCUGAUGCGAACUUUGGAACGUCCUCGCAGCCGAGUGCCCUUGAGACGGUUAGUCUUUCACGAGGAUGUCGUGCUUGUGCAGUCAUGAAUUUCUGCUUUGCUCUGCAGCUUUGGGAUGCCCAGAGUGACGAGUUCUGGGAAGGCAAUAAGACUGGGAGCGAAGUCGACCACUUCACAAUCCAAUUUUCGAGCAAGGUCAGCAUUGUUUGAUGAGGAUGCAGUAUGUUUGACUGAGGCUUAGAUGAACAUUUCAGACAUACGUUGGCGGCAUCGCGCUCUUCUUCGGCCAGAAAGCGCUUGUAGAGCGCAACAUCCCCCCGCUGCUCUCGGGCAAUUGGACGCCGCAACACAUCACCGUGAAAUACAAGAACGACGAAAACGACUGGGAAGAGAUCCUGUCUGCCGAUGGCAACACACAGGUACGUGUGUAUGAAGAUAAACACCUUUGUGACGCAGAAAGGUCUGUGUCUCUUUGUUUGUAGAUGAUGUUUGAGCGACACUUCGCCCUUGUGCAUUCCGACGAGUUCACGGUGCUCCUCGCCGUCUCUGGGUAUUCUCACAUAUACUCUCUGCUUCUGAUAUGCUCCGGCAGGUCGAGAUGGCCUCGACUCCAACUGAAGAACCAUCACGGGUGUAUGGGGUCCAUUUGUAUGGGGUUCCAGAAGGUCAGUCAACUGGCGGCAGGAAUCUGUACUUUUUGCCUUGUUCGGUUGCGCUGUGCAGCCUGCUUCCACACUAUGGGAGCCUUCAAGUGCGCAGAGCCUUUCACUCAUGGGCCCUUUUCAGGUGGCCUGUCAGUCUGCAAAGACGCGUAAGGCUUACUCACAAAGGAAGAUGCAACCUGCAAACCAUGUGUGCACCGCUUUACAAUUAUCAGAUGUGCGAGUGACAGCAGCUGUCUAUGUGCGACAUUCACGAUGACGUCCCAGUGCAAUGUUGGAGGAGGCCCCUACGGCAUGACGGCCGACAUCAUGUCUACAAGCUUCGUCAAGGGCCCCCCCUGUAACGUCCCAGAGACAUCAUUUGCCUUGCGUCCGUCCAUUUCCUUUCUGUAUGUGAUUGAUCAGUUUCUGAGGCGAGCUCCGUCGACAUGAUGUUGAUUGCCAACCAGUCGGCACGCAUUGGAGAUACAGCGAUAUUCCAAGCGGCCUUUCUAGACGAUCACCAGUGUCGUACAGUUGGCCCCGUGAACGAAACUGUCCGUUCUGCAGUCACAGAGGUGACCGUCGAGACGGCUCAGGCGUGGGGUGCCAAGACAGGUAUGUCAGCAAUGCCAUCUCACUUUUCUGUGAUUCUUUGCGUUUAUGGCUUGUCAGACUACGUCGAAUGCCCGAACUCUCAGAUGCGAUUCGCCCGCUGUGCCCUCCAGACUAGCAGCCAGUCAGCCUGUGAAGCUCUUGGGUGCUGCUGGGACGCCUCAGCCGACGAUUGCUACUCUGUUGACCCAUGUGCGGCUUCGCACUAGCCUGGAUAGAGAAGCUCGUCUUAAUUGUGUGCCUCAAUGUUUUGCAGUGUGGGACCUCACGGGCACCUAUCGCUUGACCAGCGAGGCCGGCAACGUGGAAAUCGAAAUAACUCACGAUCGUGAAAACAACCUCAUCAUGUAGGAUGGAAACAGAGUGAUAAUCGUUUGGAUUUCAUGUGAGUGUGUGUGCAUUCAGAGGGCCUUCUGUCGAGCUAGGCGGGCUCUUCAAUGCCAUCCCGCUCAGUUAUGUCUCCUCAGAUGUCUCGACCCCUUUGACCAUGCGUGGUCUUGAGACGCCCGACACAGAGCUCCAUCUCGUCCUGGAUGCUGGCGGUGGGUACGUCAAGGCAUCUAGAGCGGAGAUGGAAGUCGAAUACAUGGGCCAAACGUAUACUCUCACGAGGAUGCUUAAUGUCUCUGCGUGUAAGCAUGAAGGAAUACUAUUUUGGGACGAGCAUGUGUCGAUUUUGUGUCCCAGCCGGCAGCCAUGUCAUCGGUGAGCUCGGGGACUUCUCCAGCCUAAAAGAUGCGGCACAACAAGUAUCAGUAGACACCAGCCUGUCCGACCCAGGUCCGUAAAUGGCUCGUAGUGAUGUGAUACAUGAGACAAAGGCCGAUGGAUAAGAAUGACUCUCUCUCUCCUGGUGUCCUGUUCAGUUGUCUUCUACGGAGUGAGAGCACCCACACACACACACAGCACAGGAAGAACGACGUCAUGCAAGCGUUGUGUGUAUAUUGGUAGGUGCACAGACCAGCCAACUCAAAGGCUAAUACUGGCUCGACUCGUCCCAGGACAUUGGCUGUCCUGGGGCCGCACGCUGCAAAGAGUGCGCCGCCCCAGCAGAACUGGCACUUCUUUGCAGCGGCGGAAGAACCCUCCUGUGCCACUCCGGAUUGUGAGUGAGAAGAAAGGCUGUAUAUUUAGUCCAUCUUUCUCUGUCUCUGCCUCUCGCUCUACGUGUGUGUGUGUGUGUGUGUCUGACGCCAGAUGUGGGCACUAGGGUGCCUUGGAUGAUACUCGAAAAAGGAAGUUACCUACUGCCGAAUCCCGGCAGACACAAGAUGGAUAUGAUGCAUGUAGGUGGCUGAACUACUGCUCUACCCUCAUUCUCUUGUCUCACCUUGCCUCCCUGAUUUUCCUUUCGCAGGUGGGAACAUUCACCAUUCCAGCGGACUAUGUGAUUGGUCAGACCGAGCACAAAUACCAACAUCCCGGCUGGCAUCGUGUCGUCUUUCCUAAAUCCUUCCCACUCACAAGCGAAGUAAAUAGUGAAGAAAAAUGUAGUCCCUGAGACGGCUGCCGUUUCUUUCUCAGGUCAUCGUGAUUGUGACUGUUCUGGCAUACACCCACAGCAACAACUAUGUCGCAGCGCGGGUCAAAGACGUGUCUCCGUAUGGCUUCUUGGCUUCCCUCGAGGAUGACAGUAAUACAAUAGUUCUAUGAGCGUACAUAAAUGUCUUCAUCUACACACUCACAGGCCAUGGGAUAAUGGACGACUUGAGAAGAAAAGGCGAUAUCACGAUUGGCUAUCUCGCCAUUGAGUGGCCUGGAGACGUGUAAGCUGCCUUUGCGAGAAGAUUGCUGCAAUGGGACACCCAUGCGAAAUUUCUGGAUCCAGAAAGGUUCCAGUGUCGAUCGGCCGGCUGGUCGGGAUGAAGCGAAUGUAUCCAGCAGAUGGAGACGAUGAAAUGAGAUUCGACUUCCCACGGCGCUUCGACAAGGACAAAUGGUUUGGCUUCGCUUCCUACGGCACAUACAUGGAGGCGGUCUCGAAGACCAUGAAAGGCCUUUCGACCACCGGGACACGCCUUUACCUUGAAAGUGCGCGAAAAGACGAAAGGCGCAUCCAUUCACUAUCAACUGCCUUUUGUGACCCCCUUUUGUCUCGGCAGCGAAUGACAAUCAUGAGUGUUACAAGGUAAUCUAA